AUUGUUUAAUAUAGAGGCCGCACUGCUUCAUAAAAUUUAGAACUCAUCAUCUCCAUCGGCAUUAAUUCUCUUUCCAGAUUAAGAUGACAACUUUAGGAUUGCAUUCCUCUUUCAUUCCAAGAAAUAGUCCUUCAUCAUUUAGGAAGAUCAAUGAGAUCAACUCAUUAAAUAAGCCUAUUAAUAUCAUCACCGCAAAAUCUUCUUCUACCAAUAUUUUUGAGCACCUCACAAAGAAGCUACCAAAUCAAACUCCCAAAUCGCCAUUAAUGCCACGCAUCUUCCACGCAGUAGAUGAAUUCAUAUGCGACGUUCUUGACCUCCCCCUUCCCCGCUUUCUUGACCCUAAAUACACACUUUCCGGCAACUUCACUCCGGUGGGGGAGAUCCCCCCCACCGCCUGUGACGUGGUGGAGGGCUCCCUCCCGAGCUGCCUCCACGGCGGAGCAUACAUCCGCAACGGCCCAAACCCUCACUUCACCCCAAAGGGCCCUUAUCAUUUCUUCGAAGGCGAUGGGAUGCUUCAUAUGAUCAAAUUCUCUCCCAAACCCACCUUCUGCUCCCGCUACGUCAACACUCACAAAUACGCAGUGGAGCGUGAAAUGGGCUACCCUUUUGUUCCAAGCAUUUUCUCCUGCUUCAAUGGCGGCCUCUUGGCUUCCUUCUCUCGUUUUCUGCUAACUGCAGCUCGCAUUCUCUCCGGCCACUUCGAUCCGAUCAAUCACGGUUUCGGCACCGCCAACGCCAAUUUAGCCCUAGUUUCCGGCCACCUCUUAGCCCUUUGCGAGUCCGAUCUUCCCUACGCCAUAAGUAUAACGGCGGAUGGAGAUAUAACAACACUCGGCCGCCAUCAUUUUGGAGCAUCCGGGCCAUUCCCGAGGAUGACGGCGCACCCGAAAGUUGACCGGCUCACCGGCGAAGCCUUUGCCUACGCGUACGACGUCGUGCCUCCAUUCUUGAAGCUUUUCCGGAUCGAUUCCAAUGGAAGAAAGCAGAAGGAUAUGGGUAUAUUCUCGAUAAAGAGGCUGACGGCAAUUCAUGACUUUGCGGUGACGGAGAAGUAUGCCGUGAUCCCGGACAUGCAGAUGGUGGUGAAGCCGUCGUUGAUAUUGAGGGGGAGGUCGCCGGUGGAGAUCGAUCGGGAGAAGUUGGCGCGGGUGGGGGUUAUUCCGAGGUACGCGGAGGAUGAAGAGGAGAUUGUGUGGAUCGAUGCGCCGGGAUUCAACCUUCUGCAUUGUGUGAAUGCGUGGGAAGAAGACGGCGGCGACACCGUGUGCAUGGUGGCGGCGAAUGCGUUGGCGGUGGAUCAGGUGUUGGAAAACAUUGGCUGCGCGCAGCUGAAGAUGGAAAAGAUUGUGAUAAAUGUGAAGGCGAAGACGGUGCAGAGGCAUUCGUUGUCGCCGGAGAAUCUUGAAUUUGGAGUCAUCAAUCCUGCUUAUGCUGCCAAGAAAAACAGGUAUGUUUACGCAUCAAUAUUAACAGAGACACGAGCGGUGGGAGUGGUGAAGUUAGACUUAUCCCUACUUAACAAGGAGGUUGGCGGUGAUUGCACGGUGGCUAGCUGCUGGUAUGGGCCGGACUGCCACGGCGGCGAACCCUUUUUCGUGGCGAGGGAACCCAAUAAUCCGGCGGCGGAGGAGGACGACGGCUAUUUGGUGACAUAUUUACACGACGAUAAUUCUCAAGAAUCAAAGUUCCUAGUGAUGGAUGCCAAAUCUCCUACACUUGACAUAAUCGCCGCCAUCAAGCUGCCGCAGCGCAUCCCCAAUGGUUUCCACGGCCUCUUUCUGUCUCAAACUGAUUUGGCUAAAAUUUGAAUUGCGUAUCUUUUUAGUUAAAUUAAAUACGCUGGAUUCAAUUUGUAAUAAUAAUAAUAAUAAUAAUACAAUCACAUUAUUGUGAUUGUUUUUCGGA